AAUACAUGGAAUUAUUACAGAUGGAGGAAAAUUUCCGAAUGUGAUACCUGAUCAUACAUCUGGAAAAUUUAUAAUUCGCGCUGCGACAGCGGAAGAUCUACGUAAUCUUAGGCCAAGGGUUGUGAAAUGCUUUGAGGCAGCAGCCGAAGCAACCGGAGCAAGGUUAGAACUUACGUGGGGCAUGGAAAUUUGCGAUGUUAAAAUAAAUGAACCACUUGCAACGAGAUAUGAGAAUUACAUGAGAACAAAAUUUGGUGUAGAAAUUAAAUCAAAAGAGUUUCAACUAUCGCUUCCCAGUGCGUCAACGGAUCAGGGGAAUGUAACAUAUGCGAUCCCAGGAUUCCACCCAUUUUAUAAUAUUCAUGUAGAUUGGGCGAAUCUUAAUCACACGCCAGGUUUUACCGAAGCGGCUGGAAAAGAGAUCGCACAUGUUGAAACCAUCAAAGCAACCAAGGGAAUGACGUUGGUUGGAUUGGACUUUUUGAUUGACGAAGAGUUUGCCAAAGAAGUUAAAACUGAUUUUGAGGGGAUUAAAGCAGUGAAGUGA